CUAAGAAGGCGGUCUAGGCCAAUAUUUAUAGUUGUUCCAUUAUAUUUGCCUAAACUAAACACUCUCUUGAGUACGGAUAUAUUUCUUAAGUGACUUGAGCUGGUUUGUUCCACAAAUCUGUAUGCGCAUUGUUUCCUCUGUCCAAAUAUUACUGCGCGUUUAUCUUUCUGUGGACUGGACUUGAGCGCCACCCUGGCGAAAGUGAGAAAAUACAGUGUAUUUUUACAUCAACAUUAGCCUACUGGUGACGAAUUAUGUUCUUCUUAACUGGCCAUUUUUAAGAGCCAUUUUAUUACGCGCUUUAGAAUAGGCAUCGAUACAAAUUGCAUAAAACGCUACAUAAAACGCUCGUUUCACUUCGUAUCGUGAAAAUUACAAUGACAGAGGCAAUGUGGGCAAAGGCUUGUUUUGCAAGACAUACUCGGUAGCGUUGAGGAUCAGGGCUUCACAAUUUAAAUCAUAAUUUUGUAAGCAUUCCUAUACCUAUUUUAUUACUGUUUAUUUUUUCGCAAAUUGCCAUAUUUUCCAUGCAUAGUCGUUGAGCCGCACUCGCAUGACGCCAAGCCUACAGUAAAUGACACAAAAUGUGCAGCAACAGCGAGAUUGACAAGCGAGAGCUCUCUAAAAUGUCCGACGAGGAUUUGAUGUCAUUCUCCAAAAAAGACAUCGUGGCCAGGUUACGCCAAGAGGAGGCCAACAAGAUGACAGCCCUUAUACAGCGAGGGCGGUUAAUUAAAGAGGUUAAUAAACAACUGCAGGAGCAUUUACUCGAAAUCAGGGAACUCAAAGUAGUCAAUAAUAGGCUUCAGGAGGAGAACCAAGAACUGCGAGAACUAUGUAGUUUCCUUGAUGAUGACAGAAUGAAAAUAAAAACGCUUUCCCGAGAGUGGCAACUUUUUGGACACAACGCUGCCAAAGUGAUGCGUGAGGACGUGGGUGGACAUCUGAAGAAGUUAGCUGAUUUGGAACGAGUGCAAGAUGGAUUGGUAAAGGAGAAUUUCGAUCUCAAGGAACUGUGUGUUGUUCUGGAGGAGGGUUGUGUAAGCAGAGGUGAUUCCAGUCCUGGCGGGUCGUCCGAGUUGAGUUUACAGUAUUUUGUGGCCCGGGACUUUGGAGAUGGAAGUUCCAGCGCUGGGAGCAUCGGUAGUCCAGAUCCUCUUCUAGUCUGUUCUCCCGAUGAAUAAGAUGGUACCAACAAACUUCUUCUAUCAAAUAUAAAAUAUGUUGUUAAUGUCACCUCAGGUCACAUAAAAGGGGAAUGGGUCGUUUUUAUGCUAUGUUAUAGAUUUCUAGCAAAAUAUCACAGGCCACGUUCUUAUCGCGCAUUCAAUAUGACGGGAGCUGACCAUGGUGCUGAAAUAAGCAACAUACUGUACAUCCGACAUGGGAAUGCUUUAUCUCGAACUGUUUUAUAUUGACUGUUGAUGGGAAUUUGUAUUCUUCAGUUCUCUUUUAUUAGUUUGCAUGACACAUGUUCAAUUUUCCCUUGCAGUUUUGUCAUAUUGUUCUUCACACAAAUAGUGUUUAUUUUCCCUCCAUUCAUUCAAUAUCACUUUUCUCUCUGAAUAUCAAAGCAUUAUCUAUCCUAUCCUUUGAGCUGGUGAGCCUUUUCUAAGUCGUGUCUGUGCCCCUUAUAGCAUGUCAUAGUAUUUGUAGUUUAAAAAAAAAGAAUUGUCCAAAACUUUAUUGUAAUUGUGAAAACCCUCAUGUUUUUACACUGUUUUGUUUAAAAGAUGACAAUAAAAUGAUCUGUAACAGCU